AUGAAGCAUCUAGCUUUACUCCUGUCUGCCGUUCUCUGCUGCAUCCCGCUCCCUGUAGCCAGUCAGCUAGCGGCAUCAGUGGCUUAUGCGCCAGUGCUUACGCCGUGCCCGUCUGGCGUAUCUCUUUUAAGGGAGGUAGGCACUGUCGACCAAUCUCUCAGCGAUGGAGAACACGCAUAUGUAGCAGGCAGACGAUCUGAAGUGUUGCCUGGGGCAUGGGGAUCGUACCUGGCGGCAGUACUCAAGAGCAUGACAGGUGUAACAAACCUCCCAGAAUAUGUCACAGAUAUACUGGGCGGCACCUAUGGAGAACGUGGAUACCCGCACUUCGGGAUCGUGACCAGCGGCGGCGGCUACAGGGCAGCGAUCUUCGGGGCUGGCGUGCUAAACACCCUCGACGGUCGCAAUACCACGUCGGUAGAAGCAGGAACUGGCGGUCUCCUCCAAGCGGCCACUUACCUUGCCGGCCUGUCUGGGGGCAGCUGGCUUGUCACGUCGCUUGCUCAGGCAAACUUCCCCACCUUGCCAGAUCUCAUUUUUGGCCCCUCUGCAUCCGGGAAGGACAGCUUUGGGGGCUGGCUGACGCAGUUUGAUCUGUUGGCGCCCAGCGACGAUCCACUCGUGGACGGCGUAUAUCUCCUCGAUGUUGUUGCCGAGAUCAUGGGGAAGCACAGCGCAGGAUUCCCAGUGACUAUCAGCGAUGUAUGGGCGCGAACGCUUUCGCGACACUUCGUAAAUGGAACCGACGCCAGCAAUUUCUGGGACGACACUCUGAAACACGGUGCGGGACUCACCUUGUCUUCAAUUGCUGACCUGAACACAUUCGCGAAUUACGCACAACCAUUCCCAAUCAUCAUCGCUGACUCACUUUCGCCAAACGGAAAUGAGUCUAAUGUGCUCAAUGAGACCGACAUAGACGUGCCGCUGACGAAUCCUAUCUACGAGAUUAACGUCUUUGAGUUUGGCUCGUUUGACCCUACGCUUUCCGCCUUCACUCCAACCGAGUACUUGGGCUCUCCUAACGACAGCCUGUGUGCCACCAACGUUGACCAAUUGUGCUUCAUCGAGGCGAUGUCAUCGAACGCAUAUAACGUUUACAACACCUCAGUAAGCUCACAACGCACAGGGGCGCCUGUGGGUGAUGCUAACCUAGCGUAUAAGGCUGCUGCAGCUGUUAUGGAACUUGUGGUCGAGGCGUUCUCGCAAUUGAUCCCCGAGUCUAAAGUAGAGCUCGACGUGGCGAUCGUCCCCAAUCCAUUCCAUGGUGUAGCUCCAUCUACGUACAUCGACAGCAACGAGACGCUGCUGCAGUUAGUCGACGGUGGCGAGGACGGUGAGACGGUACCGUUCAUGCCGCUUCUGGUGAAGGCGCGCAAUGUGGAGGUCAUCUUUGCGAUUGACGUUCAUAGACGUCAGGCGGCGGACACCGAGGACAACUGGACGGCAGGGCUGUCCAUAAUCGCAACGCAAGACCGGGUGGCAUUCUUCACCGACACAUACUCCUUCCCACCAGUGCCGCCGCUGGAAUCUACGUUCUUAGAGUACAAUCUCACGAAACGCCCCACGUUCUUCGGGUGCGAAAGCACUGUGGAGUCCGGGGAGCCGCUCGUCAUUUACCUCGCGAACGGCGGUCCGCCGCUGGGGCAGCCGCCGCUCACGAACACGUCGACGGCACAAUUCACCUACUCCGCGGACGAGAUUGACAAAAUGCUCUCCCAGACAUUCGAUAUCGCUACGCAGGGUAUACCAGAAGGGCUGGAAAAGGACCCGUUAUGGCCGGCGUGUCUAGCGUGCGCUGUUGUAGACAGAUCCAGGAGGCGGGAAAGGAUCGAACGCAGUGGCGUGUGUGAGAGCUGCAUGGAACGGUAUUGCUGGAGCUGA